AAAAUAUUAUAUCUAUUGAUAAUUAUUUAAGUAAUAUUAUGUCCCUAUGACAUGGCACUAUAUCACCUUAGCCACCAAGGUUUUAAUUCACAUUUUGAUGUACAUAUUAUCGCAUAUUAUCGUAUAUACACGUUUGAAUACAUGUACAUGCAUAUACACAAAGGCGAAUGAUAGAAACUGAAUUUUUGUGAUUCGCGUUCAUAUGUUUGCAGUGAAGUGCAAUUAUUGUGCGAAAUUACACCUUACAUCUUGUAAAGACGUUCUUUAAACAAAAACACUAUAUAAUCAUAAGUCCGAGUAUCAUGGUACUAUUUUACCUGCCGCAGCUACUUAUAAAAUUAAUAAACGCAAAGUUAAUCUUUCUUUAAAUAAAACCACCUUUACGAUAAAACCACACCAAAGGAUAGAAUGGGAAAUUGCUUGAAAAUUAAUAGUUCUGAUGACAUUUCACUUUUGCGAGGCAGUGAAAGUGUACACAGGCAAAACAGCGGACCUCUGCCAAUGUUUCAGGUUCGUUUAUUCUUUCAGAACGAGCAGUAUCAACAAAUCUUUUUUCCAUCGCCAUCCACUUCCAUCGGCCAUGCUCCAAUAGCAGGCCAUUCACAACUUUCCGAGGAGGACCAAGUUAAAAUAGCAAAACGGAUUGGUUUAAUGCAACAUUUACCAAUAGGCACAUAUGAUGGUAGCUCGAAAAAAUCACGAGAGUGUGUUAUUUGUAUGGCCGAAUUUUGCGUUGAUGAAGCUGUUCGCUAUCUUCCAUGUAUGCAUAUUUAUCACGUGAAAUGCAUAGACGACUGGUUAAUGAGAAGUCUCACUUGUCCCAGCUGCUUAGAGCCGGUCGACGCUGCUUUGUUAACAAGUUAUGAAACAACAUAGCUCAACUGCAAUAUGCCACUGUCUGUUAGUCAAUACAGUAGGCAUAGUAAAACAUGCAAAACACCAUGAACAUUUUUAUUGUUAAACUCGUCAUAGUAAUCAUUGAUUAAAAAAAUUCUUUGUCUUUAUUGUUACCGCUUGUGGGUAUAUAUUAUCACAUUUUUUUUAAUGCUAUUGAUUCAUUUGAUAUAAAUAUUUACAUAAAUAAGUUAAAAAUGUAAAAAUUGUGAGAUCAAAAUUUAUAAAAUUAAUAGUACUAUAUAACUUACGUGUUAAUUUUCAAAAAAUACUAUUAAAUUUAUAGAAUAAAUUAUUAUAAACAAAGCUAGAAUAAGAUUAUUAUAAAAUAUAAAUAUGACGGAUCUAUACAAUUCGUUCAGUCUUCGUAAUUGCUUCUAUGUAAAUGUCGUGUGUUUAACAAAAACUAUAGUAUGUCUUGUAAAAAAUGAAUUGAAUUGACUAACUUAGUGCGUAUAUUUCAUGGAGAUUGGGUUGUCUUGGUAUAUAUGUACAUACGUAGCGUGAAAGUGACCAAAAAUCAAAGCAAUAAUACUAAAUAUAAAUGUAAUACCACGUUAAUAUAGAGUUGCGUCUUUUCGCCCUCUGUACAUCUUCUGGGGAAUUUAACGAUGGUAAGGGUUCUGGUUCUUGCUAAAGGUGAAAUUGGUAGCUUCUAGGUUGAAGGAGCGAAAUCUUUUAAAGAAAAACAUCAAUCGUAAACAAAUAAUAACACUCAUACUUAUAAAAUACUAUCUGAAGAGAAAGACACUUUCUGCUUGUUGUAUGACUUUGAACCUCUCAAUAUUUAAAGUUCUAUCUAUCUAUUCUACGUAUAUUAAACAGUUUUUAAAUAUUUUGUUCUUACAAAUUUCAAGUUUACAGUCUCUAAAAUUUUAAGUUCGAUUGAAUAUUGUGUUUGACGUCCUCAUAUUCGUAUGAUUCUGUUCUAUUUAGUACUUGAGUAAUCGUACGAAUCUUUUUUUUUGUGUACAAGAAACGGCAAUCUUAAUACGAUAUAAACAUCAUAUUAAAUCACAUUUAUAUUUGGAAAUAAAAGGAAUUUUUUAAUACAACAUAGGUAUUUAAAUAAUAAAUUGUUAUACAAGAAUUACACAAGUUAUUAAAUGUUAGUUUCUGCAUUCUAAGUUAAGACGAACUAAAAAUUAAAAAUUAUGAUACUGCUCUAUAUGUGGCACAGUAAUUUUAUGUGCAUUCUAUAUAUAAAGUCUGAAUUUAUUAGUGAAUCCUACCAUAGGUAACUAUUGAAACUUAGAAAUUUCCAUAAUAAUUGAGAGAGUUUCUUUACCGGGCUGUAUACAAAGUAUAGUUCAAAGAUUUUGUUCUUACAACUUAGAAGUUGAGGGACUCUACGAAGUUUUAGGUGUAUUGAAUAUUGUGUGCUCAAGAAUGCAAAAGAAAUGCAUUAUGACGUCAUCAAAUUCUAAUGAUUCUAUUCUAUAUAUGUAGGUACGUACGUAAUCGCACGAAUCUUGUUUUUGUUUAUAUGAUAUGACAAUCUUAAUACGAUACACACAUGAUAUGAUUUAAAUAAUUUAUAUAUUGACAAUAAAGGGGAUUUUUUAAUACAA